AGUGCCUUGACCGGUUCGAUCACUGGUUCGGUUCUGAAAACUAUGCAUUUUACUACGAAUGUGUUACAAAUUUCACUCUAAUUAUUCUCCAUUUGAUUCAUUACUAAUAAUUAGUAAUACAUUGUUAUAACUAAUUGCUUGUGGGUGUAGAUAAAGAACUAGAUGCCAGAGCUACUCAAACACUCCGUAAUGAAGUUAAAUCGUAAUUCUUAGUUUAUUGUCGUUCACUAUAUGACUAGCGUAUGGUACUCCAUAAUUUCUAAGCUGAAUUUUUUUUUGACAAAUUUUUUAUGGAGGAAAAUUUGUUCUUAAAAUAUUUGGUGACUAGCCUAAUUACAUCUUUCAUUUACUUUGUUAGGACCUAAACCCAAGUUAUUUACUUCAUAUAUUGUUUAUUCUCCCUUACAUUUUAAAGAAAAAGUAAUAUUGUGGGUGUUGCUUUGUUGCUUUGGGUUUCUAAUGUGAUCGAAACUACUUAUUAGCUGUUUUUAACUUAGAAGUCGGCAAAUGUACUUAUAAGCUGACUUACAAGCUACUUUUAAGUCAAGAAAAAAUAAGCUGGUCUUACUAGAUCUUAUAAGUAAGAAUAAAUAAGGUCUUAAUAGGUUAGUUUUUUUCGUUUCCUCAUUUUGACCAGAUUACUUUCAAAACUUUCCCUCGCCCAUUAUAAAUAUUCUCAAAUAACUUACAUAUCACUUAAGUUAUUUUAUCUACACAAAAGAGUUUUUAACUAAUAAACAAUAAAUUUAGAUGCACUAACACAAAGAAACACCCACAUAGUGCCAUAAAAAUGUAUCAAGUUUUUACCGAGUAUUUAGCUAAUUCACACCACAUGCACAGUGAUUUAUAGGCUCUAAUGAAAAAAAGAAGGAUUAAGCUAUUUGUACACCAAAAUUUGUAUCUCAUAGACAUGCACCGACAUUUUGUGCUAGUGUGAUUCUUUACAUUGGCAAAGAGUGCCAGUACAAUUUGUUUAAUUAUACUGAAAUUUUUCGCCGUGUAAACCGUUAAAAUAUCAGUGUAUUUCUUUGGGGUACACUUUUGGUGUACCUGUAGUAUGGUUGAAAAAAAAAUUGAUUUAUUUCAAGAGAAACAAGGUUGACUGAAAAAAGUGUGGUAGAGGUGUAUACAAAUCAAAUAGUAUUUUAUAUUCGGUUCGGCAUUUGUAUCCGAUUACGAAUUCGAAUAGUGUUUUAUUAUUCAAAUUUGUUUAAAUACAAAUAUGAAUAAGUUUUCAGCCAUAGCUUUUUCCUAUCUUAUUUAUCCUUGUCAACACUCAAAUUUCAAUUUGGGCCCUCUGGAAACCCUACUCUCCUUCGGAUCCCUUUCUUCCUCAUCGUCACCACUGAAGUAUCUCUCUUUUUCUCUGGUAUGUUCCAUUUUUUUUAAAUAUAAGUUGGUUCUAGUUCCUGAGCUUUGCCUUAUCACAAAAUUUCACUUGCGUGGAGCAUUGAGUAGGGUACUGUGAGUCUUUUUCUUCAAAGUAUUUUUUACGGAGUAUUACGCCCCCUUCAAAACCUCGAUCAGAUGCUUACUUGCGCAGACUAGGGUUCAAUUUUUCUAUAUCCUAUUUAUUUGCUACAUAUCCGAGCACAUAUUCAUUAUGUAGGAUUUAUUUCAGAACUUCAUAUUCUCUAGACCACCAUUCAUUCUAGGGAAGCAGAUUUCUUCCCACCUCACUAGAGGACCCUUCAUGUAAUUGGCAUUUGGCACUUGCCCCCCACAGGUAAUUUCUACGUAAGCUCCUUGAUAUGCUUUUUCUCAUUACUAAUGAGAUUCUCAUUAGUCGAAUCCCUCUGUAAUUGUUCUUGAUUAUCCAUUCGCUUAUCCCUUAGUAACUCACAUUGAUUGUGGAUGUCACUAAAUUUAUCCCUAUGAAGAGCUUUCAAGGAUGUUUUUAAUCCUUCACCUUAUGUUCCAACUGGUACAUAAGUCUUCCUUCCUGCUCUUGCACCCAAACCUCUUCAGCAAUUUUAGGGAAUGUAGGGUCAAGAACCCACAUAUCAUAGAACCUAAACAAUUUAUUACUUUGCUCUUGUGUACAUUUAAGAAGAGUAUGAUCAGAGAUACUUUCUUCUUGAAAUAUAUAUAUUUAGUACCAAUACUCAUCAUCCACUCUAUGUCCUCAAUAGCUGUGUCAAUUUUUGAAUAAAUUCUCCUCCCAAGCCCUUGUCUAUUCGACCAUGUGUAGUCUGACCCUUCCAUUGACAAGUCAUCCAGCCCACACUCACACAAUCAACUCCUGAAUUUUCUCCUAGUUUACUGUUUUAUCAUCUAAGUGGAGAACAUUAUUAAAAUCUCCAAUCACACACCAAGCCUCUGUAAUGUUAUUCGAGAUUCUCUUAAGAUCUUUACAUAACAAAUUUCUCCUAGUGUUAUCAUUAUGACAAGACAGAAAAGCAGGGGCGGAGGGAGGAGGGGGGGGGGGCAGUGCCUGGGCACGUGCCCCCGGCAGAGCUCUGGCGAAGUGUACCAUAACAUCCGGCAAUGUGCAUCCACUGGCGGUGUGCCCUCCCAGUCCUUUGCGGGAAUUGUGGCUGUGCUUCCUCCUCUGCUUCUUUUGAAUCAUCCAAACGCCGACGUUUUGUCUUCUAGUUUUUUUAUUUAAUCUAAGUUUUAAAUGACAUAGGUUUACACUUAAGUGUAAAACCUACUCUAUAUAUCACACGCCGCCAGACACCAAGCCGGAGCCUCCAUCUCCUUCAGGGUUCGGCUGUGUUUUAAAAGUAUUAUUUAUUAUUUAUAUUUUCAGGAUGAUAAUGAUUGCAGUUUUGUAUAAUUUGAUUGUCUUUCCUCUAUUUGUGCGGUUAAGCUGAUUAUUUUUUUAGAAAAAUCAUUGACAGAAUUUUUUUAAAUAUCCAAUUACAUUACUUGUUUUGUUUAAAUAAAAAAUUAUUAAAUAAAUUUGAUUAAUGACACAUUUUAAGUUAUUACAGAGUAUAAUAAAUUCCGGAAUAAAAACUUUAAAUUACAAGAAUAGAAAAUAGAAGUGACAUUUCAUAUUAUAUUUUAUUGAUUUUUACAAGUAUCAUUUUCAUUAUUUGAAUGCUUCCAAUUUGCCUAGUAUUAUUUUUAGUCAUUUAAUAGUGCCUUAAAAAAAGUCUGGGGUGCUGCCCCUAGAACCCGUAUUCUAUUCCCGUGUCUUCCCAAAACUUGCGGCUUGGCUCCGCCACUCCACAAAAGUUAUAAAGAACUGAUUAUUCCUUCCAAUUCUUCUUCCACUACAGUGUAUCUUCUGAUAAGUCAAUUUUAGAGGAUUAGCACAAAACACUCUCCCCAUAUAAUGCUCUUUGCUAUUCAUAAUUGACUUCCAUCCUCUGAACAUUAUCUCUUCAAUAUCCUUGAAUCUAUCUUUUAUAAUUUUUGUCUCGAGAAUCCCCAUCAUACCAUUAUCAUUCUUAUGCCCAAAACUCUGCACCACAUGCUAAUUAUUGGGGUUAAUUAGCCCCCUAAUAUUCCAGCCCAUAUAAGAUGCUUCUUCCAAACUUUUGUGUAUUCCAUAACUAGCACCCUGAUCUUCUUGCUCCAGUAUGAUCCUUCUAGCAGCUCUUUUUCUUACUACAGUAAACCCAUUCUCAUACUCCAUCAUGAUCUCCUUUCCUUCUUUUGGGAGGUUUCUCUUGUCUCUCUUCUCCUUUAUUAGUAUUUGGAUUCAUCUUCUUUGGUAUCCAAAUCUUUUUUUCUUCCUUUCAAUGGUUUGUUUAUCUUGCUCCCUUGUGCAUGUUAAACUUUGCCGUAUUCAUUGUUUAAACUUUAUCAACAACAAAAUAAAUGUGAUAUAUUUAUAUUAGUGUUACUAAUGUAUAGCAGUUCUCUUGUACUACUUGUUGUCUAGUUAUCGCCUGGGCAUCAUGGCAGUACACUUAGUGCCGCGGCUUGCCUUUGCGUUGCAUCCCAAACCUCCUUCAAAUUAAAUUGUCUUCUUCCCCUGAAUUUUCUAAUGAAGUAUUUCCUUUAUCUCUCCCCUCUUUGAAGUUCCAUUUCUCGAAGUUUCUCAUCGGUAUGUUGGUGACCAUAGAUGUUUAGAUCUAGAAAGAUCAUGGUCUGCUGAACUAGUGCAAUCAUCUGUCGUGUUUUUAAAUAUCCAAUUACAUUACUUGUUUUGUUUAAAAAAAUCAUUAAAUAAAUUUGAUUAAU